GAGAAAGAGAUUAUGAAUGCUGAGAUGCGGCGCACUGAGAAGCACUCAGAGGAACAAUUGUCUUGCUAUUAAAGUCUGCAAGUGCAUUUGUUCGCCUUGUUUACCUUCUCGAUCUUUUCAUGUCUGAAGACACUGAACGCCAACUUCCUGAAAACCUUUGCCAUGAAGUGAUGCUACUGGGUUUUUUUUUUCUCAACCAGCUGAAUGACGUCUCGCAAGGAAAAAAGGGGGCUGAAAACUCGGCGCACACAGUGAAUCCCUCGCUGUGACUCAUUCAUUUUGUAUAAAUGCGACCGGUUGCGGAGACAGAGAAAGAGCCGGGCUUUAAUUAGGUGGAAUCUUCUUAGUCCUCUACCCUAGUGGACGCGCAUUUCAGCUCGUACUGGUCGCUUUUUCUCUCUUUCUUUUUUUUUUUGAGGGGGGAGACUGUGGAGAUGAUACGCACCACGGGGACACAGACACCACAGCCGACCGAGCCAUCUCUGCGCUCCCAUGGAGUUGGUUUGAGGAGAAGAAGAAUGUCACCCACUUCUGCAGGUCCUAACAUUUAAGUAUUGAUUGUGAGAGGUAAUUCCUAUAUAUAUAAAAAAAGAAUUACAUAUAUCCAUAUAUGUUAUUUGGUAGAAUCACCGCUCCAGUGUUGUGAAGAUAUGUCAGUUCUCAGCAGCGGCUUCAUUGUGCUCCCACUCGCGCUUUGGAUUUAGCAUAAAUGGACAAAAUUAGGCCAGUUCAUCUGCGGCGGGUGUUCAUCUUCUUUUACUGAUAUUUUCUGACUUAGUGGAUGUAGCCUCCCCCGUUACGAGGGCACAGAAUUACCGUCUGGGGCUUCACUAUUCAACAAGCUGCACCGCUCACUCCUGGCAGCAAAGCGAUGGGCGCAGUUUGCCUGAGCCAUCUACUGCGUCUUGGUUCUUCAGCCCAGCUUGUUGAAUCUCCUCCCUGGUGACAAGAAUGGGUUUAUUUUAACAAACUUAUCUGCCUUUUCUGGUUCUAUCUUCGGCGGAUUUCAGACUCCAUCUUUCCUAAAAGUUGAUCAUGGCUCGUCCCGGUCUGUGCGCGAAGCUGUGCUCUAUAUGGAGAGUGUUUUGGCUCAUGAGGACUGUGGUAGAUUUCGCGCUGCCUCAGGAGACUUAUGCACCACAUUCAAUACGGACUGAGGGACACCUGACCCUCGGUGGACUCUUCCCAGUGCACGCCAGAGGGGCCGACGGCACUCCGUGCGGGGACCUAAAAAAGGAGAACGGCAUCCAGCGGCUUGAGGCCAUGAUGUACGCUUUGGACCAAAUAAACCAGGACGAGCAACUCUUACCCAACAUCACCUUAGGCGCCCGGGUGCUGGACACUUGUUCGAGGGAUACCUACGCGUUGGAGCAAUCUUUAACUUUCGUCCAAGCCCUGAUCACGAAGGACACCUCCGACGUGAGGUGCACUAAUGGGGAGCCACCGGUGUUUGUCAAGCCUGAAAAAGUGGUGGGAGUCAUCGGAGCCUCAGCGAGUUCAGUAUCGAUUAUGGUUGCCAACAUCCUACGCCUCUUUCAGAUCCCACAGAUCAGUUAUGCGUCAACGGCCCCGGAGUUGAGUGACGACAGGCGCUAUGACUUCUUCUCACGGGUGGUUCCUCCAGACUCGUUCCAGGCCCAGGCCAUGGUGGACAUUAUCCGAGCCCUGGGCUGGAGUUACGUCUCCACCAUCGCCUCAGAGGGAAGCUAUGGAGAGAAGGGAGUGGAGGCCUUCACACAACUCUCCAAAGAAGCAGGUGGAAUCUGCAUCGCCCAGUCUUUGAAAAUUCCCCACAACCCCAAACUGGAGGAUUAUGACAAAGCCAUCCAACAGCUGCUGGAAACACAGCACUCGCGGGCAGUCAUCAUCUUUGCCAGUGAAGAAGACAUACGGGGAGUUCUCAAUGCCACCAAGAGGGCCAAUCAGGUCGGCCAUUUCCUGUGGAUUGGAUCUGACAGCUGGGGGGCCAAGAGCAGCCCGAUCCACCAGCUCGAGGAUGUAGCGGUGGGAGCAGUCACUAUACUGCCCAAACGCUCUUCCAUUGAAGGGUUUGAUGAAUACUUUACUGCUCUCACCCUGGAGAACAAUCGCAGGAAUGUGUGGUUUGCAGAGUUUUGGGAGGAAAACUUUGACUGCAGGCUCCUCAGUGCCUCAAAGAGAGAGGAUUCCAGCCGUAAAUGCACAGGCCAGGAGCGCAUCGGGAUAGACUCCAAGUACGAGCAGGAGGGGAAGGUGCAGUUUGUGAUUGACGCGGUGUAUGCCAUGGCCCACGCUCUCCACAACAUGCAUAGGGACUUAUGUCCUGAUCAUCCUGGCGUCUGUCCACAAAUGGAGUCUGCUGAAGGAAAGACUCUGCUGAAGUACAUACGCAACACCAGCUUCAACGGCAGUGCUGGCACCACUGUUGUGUUUAAUAAGAACGGCGAUGCUCCAGGACGCUAUGACCUGUUCCAGUUCCAGAUGACCAACUCCUCCACCCCAGAGUAUAAGGUGGUAGGACAGUGGGUGGAGACCCUCCAGCUCAGGCUGGAGGAGCUUCAGUGGCCAGAUGGGGAGCAAGAGGUGCCUAUCUCUGUGUGCAGUCUGCCCUGCAAAACUGGAGAGAGGAAGAAGAGGGUAAAGGGCAUGCCGUGCUGCUGGCACUGUGAGUUAUGUGAUGGCUACCAGUACCAGUACGACGAGACGUCAUGCAGACUGUGUGCCUACAACAUGAGGCCCAACCCCAACAGAACCGCCUGUCAGCCCAUCCCCAUUGUCAAGCUGGAGUGGCACUCACCUUGGGCAAUUAUCCCCGUCUUCCUGGCCAUGCUUGGCAUCAUUGCCACCAUCUUUGUCAUGGCCACCUUCGUACGCUACAAUGACACUCCCAUCGUGCGGGCGUCGGGCCGAGAGCUGAGCUAUGUGCUGCUAACUGGCAUCUUUCUGUGUUACAUCAUCACCUUCCUCAUGAUUGCCAAGCCUGAUGUAGCUGUGUGUGCCUUCAGGAGGAUCUUCCUGGGCCUUGGCAUGUGCAUCAGCUACGCCGCACUGCUCACCAAGACCAACCGCAUCUAUCGAAUCUUUGAGCAGGGCAAGCAAACGGUCGCAGCCCCACGCUUCAUCAGUCCCACUUCCCAGAUUGCCAUCACUUCUAGUCUGAUCUGCGUACAGCUGCUGGGUGUGCUGGUGUGGUUUGCCGUGGACCCUCCAAACACCAUCAUCGACUACGAUGAGCAGAAAACCAUCAACCCCAUGCUGGCUCGUGGUGUGCUGAAGUGUGACAUCACAGACCUACAGAUAAUCUGCUCAUUGGGCUACAGCAUCCUUUUGAUGGUGACCUGCACCAUCUACGCCAUCAAGACUAGGGAUGUACCAGAAGACUUCAAUGAGGCCAAACCCAUUGGCUUCACUAUGUACACCACUUGCAUAGUCUGGCUGGCCUUCAUCCCGAUUUUCUUUGGCACAGCCCAGUCGGCAGAGAAGCUGUACAUUCAGACAACCACCCUGACCAUCUCCAUGAACCUCAGUGCCUCAGUAGCACUGGGCAUGCUCUACAUGCCCAAGGUAUACAUCAUUAUCUUUCACCCUGAGAUGAACGUACAGAAGAGGAAGCGUAGCUUCAAGGCUGUGGUCACAGCUGCCACGAUGUCAUCGCGUCUGUCCCAGAAGCCCAACGAGAGGCCCAAUGGAGAGGCUAAGACUGAGCUGUGUGAGAACCCCGCUGCUGACCCCAUGAAAAGUCCCAUUCCGGCAGUUUAAUUGGAUGGCUGCUUGGGUAAAAAGUCAAGCAACCAAGAAAACAUAUGUGAGUUACAACAACCUCAGGAUCUGAUCUGCUUGAAAAUGUAUGGCGUUUGUCCUUUAUCUGUGAUUGAAAAGGGAGGGGAGCUCUAGAGGAACAGAGAAAGAAAGACAGAGACAGGAGAGCGAGCGAAGGCAUCCCAGCACCACCUGCAGUACCUAUGCACUCCAGGACUGUGGAUAGCAUCCAACCUUCAACCAGACAUGAUACAUGACAGAGACUAGCACAGCUGUAGGCCCGUGUGGCUGGGUCAGCGUCACGAACCAAACUGUAGGUUUUAAACUUGUUGUUGUGGCCCCCUUCUCUCUGCCAGAGAACAACUUGCCUGCUAAAAGGGGUCACUGUGAACGAGGAUGGUCGCAAAAAAAAAAAAAAAGGACAGUGGAUCCACUUUCAAGAUAUUUUCUUUUGAAAUGUCAUUAAAGCCAUAUUCUCUUGGGGUUCCCAUUAUCUGAUUUCUGUUUUGUAUUGUUUAUAAGUGAUUUUCUUCUGUGCCUCCUUUUUUUGCAGUUGAUUUAAUUACCUUGAACAACAAGCUCUGCCACAUACAGUAUUUUGUUUUUACCAACUCAAAUCAGUCCCAGAUGAUUAUUAUUGUUAGAGUGAUGGGCAUUGUAACUAUAUAUUUUUUGUAAAUAUUUGAGAGUAUUUUCAUGUUUGGAGUACAAAAAUAGAUAUCCAGUCUUUGUUCAAUUGGAUUUGGAUGGUAAUGAAAAGCACCACAAAGUGUUCACUUUGCAUGUGCCAAUGUAUGUCUGUUCUAUUUGAUGUAAACAAAAAAAGAGAAAUAAAUUCUGAAAAUGAUAAUGAGCUUCAGCAUCCUUCUGCAGUUUGUUUUCUUUACCAGAACUGAACUUCAUUAAAUGACAGAAUAUGGCUUUAAUCUGUUGUUGAACUGCCCCCUGCCCCGCUGUAUCUGCAAGCAUGUUUGUUUUAUAUAGUUUCGUAUUGGGUAUAUUAUGCCUAAUUAUGGUGUGGGAAGCAUUAAUAUCAGAGCAAUCAUGCAAGUAUGUUGUGAUGUCUGUCAAAUUAUGAACAUGUAAUAAAAAUCAUUUUGUUAUCUUUUAUACAAUUAAA